AUGGGGCUCACCGCCGGUAGCCACCACCGUCGGCGAAGCUCCAUGCUCGCCGGGACAGGGCGAGUCUCACAGCCAGUGUCCACGGAGCGCAGAGAUGACAGCCUCUGGUCACAUGCCGAUGGAGGAAAUCACAAGCGCGAAGAGCAAGAGCCAUUGACAGCGGAAGAGGAUACUGAUGCGUCCGAUAUGUCGUCCGCUGCAGAGAGCUUGGAGCUAGACUUGAUGAGUUCCGAUGACGACCAAUAUGACGAGGAAACGGGACUCACAUCGAGCCAAAAACGCCAGCGACGCCGACGGAGAAACCAACGACGAAAGCUCGAUGCCCGAAUCGCAGAUACUAAAUCCCGAGGCGACAUUGAUAUGGACCGCAGCAUUGUUAGGAGAUUGGGCGUUAAUGCUGCAUUGAUCUUGAUGUGGUACUUCUUCUCGCUGUCCAUCUCAAUAUAUAACAAAUGGAUGUUCUCCGAGAGCGAUGUUGUCUUCCCCUUCCCUCUUUUCACCACGAGCUUACACAUGCUUGUUCAAUUCACGCUUUCCGUUAUAAUUUUAUGGAUCUUCCCGUCGCUCCGACCGCAACAUCCUCCGGUGUCUGCAGCAUCAUCCCCGGUGGAUGGCCCUGAAGAAAAGCCGCCGAUACUGACCAAAUUUUUCUAUUUUACUCGCCUUGUGCCAUGUGGUACAGCAACCUCGCUAGACAUUGGCCUCGGAAACAUGUCCUUGAAGUUCAUAUCCCUCACUUUCCUUACAAUGUGCAAGUCUUCUGCACUUGCUUUCGUUCUCCUAUUCGCAAUCCUCUUCCGCCUCGAAUCGCCUUCCGUCAAGUUGAUCUUGAUUAUUGUUACAAUGACAAUCGGUGUGGUGAUGAUGGUCGCAGGAGAGACCGCUUUCAAUGCACUUGGCUUCGCGCUUGUCAUUGCGUCCGCAUUCUUCUCAGGCUUCCGAUGGGCCUUGACCCAAAUUCUUCUGCUCCGCCAUCCGGCCACCUCAAAUCCAUUUGCGACACUCUUCCUUCUCACACCCGUCAUGUUCGUCACUCUUAUCGUCAUCGCGCUAUCCGUGGAAGGGCCUGUCGAGAUAUAUCAAGGUUAUCUUGUGCUUGCUGAGAAGCGUGGGAACCUGCUAGGCGCUUUCCUUCUCAUUUUCCCUGGCGUGCUUGCCUUCUGCAUGAUUUCAUCAGAAUUCGCGCUCCUUAAGCGCUCAUCGGUUGUCACAUUGAGUAUCUGUGGUAUCUUCAAGGAGGUCGUGACAAUUAGCGCAGCGGGUGUUAUCUUCCACGAUAAGCUCACUGCGGUCAAUUUGACUGGCUUGUUCGUAACAAUCAGCAGUAUUGGGGCAUACAACUAUAUGAAGAUUUCAAAGAUGCGCAAGGAUGCGCAAGAAGAAGCCUGGAGUCGCGAGUCGAGUCCACUCUCAGACACCGAGGAUGGCGACCAGAGCAGUGGCGGUGAGCAGCAACGGCAAGGAGACUACCGUCGUGUUGCGAUCCAGGAUGCUAGCAUUAUUAGCCCUGCGCCAGGUAGUCAGUUGAAUGACGAUCAAAAUGCAUCUCCUGCUGGUGAUCAGCGGCGCUCAUUCCGUGUGCGAGCCAGCGGCUCCAGACACAAAAGAGGCGCUCUCUCUAUUUCCACAUCUACAAUCCCCGAAGACGACGGUCCACCAUCUCCUCUACGAUCCGCCCCUCCCACUAUAACCACAAUGGCCCAAGCGGGAUUCCCUCAUCUGCAGCCCUCUAACGGCGAGGGAUCACCAGAUGCUCUGUCAACUUCGUCUCUUUCGCCUGUGCGGCAUUAA